AUGAGUUUUAUAAUACCAAAUUUGUUUUGCGAAGCUCAUAAGAAAACUCAGAUCACAUUAUUAAAUUUAACAGUGGGUAAUAAAAGGGACUAAAGAUUAUUUUGUUAUAGAUGUAAUAUCCGUGCAUAAUCAAAUUUAUAUUGUUUAGAAGAUAUUAAUGAAUUAACAACCUCUCUGAAGAAAUCUGAGAAUGAAAAUAUUAAAAAGAUUUAAGAGGAUACGAAAAAGUUGAAUAAAAUAAAGAUUUAUAUAGAUUAGAUAUAAGAAAUGUAUAAUAAAUUAGAGAGUGAUCAUUAGUAAUUACUUAAUUCAGUAAUAGAUAAUCAAAUAAUAAAACCAAAUGAUGAUAUAGAUGUUUUCUUACAAAAAAAAUCAUAUUGUACCAAGCAGGAAUUGAUAAUGAUGACAGAAAAGGUGAGUAAUAUAAUAAAAUAAAAUAGUGAUAAAUUAGAAUUAUUAGAAAACUAUUCUAUUAAAUAUUUAGAUUAACAUCAAUAAUAAGAAGAGAAUAUAAAUUAUCUAUAUGUUUAAUUAUAAUGGGCGGAAUAAAAAUAAGUGGGAUAAAAAUAGGAGAUUGUUAGUGAAAUAUAAUAGUAAAAUUUUGAAUAAAUAAUUCCUGAAAUAGAAUAAAUGUAGGAUUAAGGAGUUUAAUAAUUUUAGGAAAAAGUAGAGAUAUAAUUAGAGUAAACAAGGAUAUAUGAUAUAAAAUUUAAUACAGAAAAUAAUAUAUUUGUAGUUGGAAGUUCAAAAUUAUCUAAUAGUAAUUGUUAUGCAUAGGUAUGGAGAUUUGAGAAAGGUUAAGCAUCAUGGAUACAAGAUUUAGAGAAUAGUCAUUAAAAUGAUAUUAAAUCAAUAUGUUUUUUGAAUUCUGAUGAUUCAUUUUUUACAGGAAGUCAGGAUAGUUCAAUAAUAUUUUGGAAAAAAGAACAUUAAAAAUGGGAAAUAGGAUAAGAAUUAGCAGGUCAAUAAAAUAGUGUUAUAGGUUUAUAAUUGAAUAGUGCAGGGAAUAUAUUAGCUGCUAUAUCUAGUUAANUUAAAUUUAAAGAUUUUGUUCAUUGA